AUGGGAAAUUGUAAUAACAGCAAAGAUGUAAAUUUUGAUGAUGUUUUGUGUAAAUAAUCAAUUAAUUUCAGUACUGCCUUGUAAGGCUGAUUUUGCAUUGCUUUUUGUUAUUGGCAGAGGUGGUUUCGGAAGAGUUUGGAAGGCCGAGAAUAAAAAGUCGAAAUAAUAGUUUGCGAUCAAAGAAAUGAAUAAAUGCAAGUAAAGAUAUGCUAGGAUUAUUAGGAUAAUUAAUAAGAAAAGUGUUAGUUCAGUCAUGAAUGAAAGAUAUUUAUUAAGUAAUUUACGGCAUCCGUAAGAAAAUUGCACUAAAUAGGUUUUUAGUAAAUAUGCAUACAGCGUUUUAAGAUAGAGAAAAUUUAUAUUUGGUAAUGGAUUUGAUGUAAGGUGGUGACUUAAGGUAUCAUCUAUGCAAACAAAGAAAGUUCGAUGAAAAAUAGACAAGUAUAGAUUAACAAAUUAUUUAAAAGAAUUUUUUAUAGCGUGUUUGUUGCUAGCAUUGGAUUAUCUGCAUACAAACACAGUUUUGCACAGAGAUAUUAAACCAGAAAACCUAGUGUUUGAUAGAAAUGGUAUGAAAUAAAUACUAAAGAUUAAUAGGAUAUUUAAGGUUAACAGAUUUGGGCAUAGCCAGAAUUUGGAAACCUGACAAUGACAACGACACUAGUGGAACUCCUGGAUAUAUGGCUCCAGAAGUUAUGUGUCGACAAGCUCAUGGAGUAGCUUCUGAUUAUUUUGCUGUUGGAGUUAUAGCUUACGAAUGUAUGAUGGGAAAAGUAAUUAAAUUCUAAAUAUAUAGAGACCUUACAUAGGGAAAACGAGAAAAGAAAUUAGAGAUUAAAUAUUGGCUAAAUAAGUCUUGGUUAAAUUGAACUAGAUACCAGAAGGAUGGUCAGAAGAAGCAGCAGAUUUUAUCAACAGAACUUUGCAAAGAAAGCCUGUGAAUAGACUAGGAUUUAAUGGUCCUGAGGAAGUAUAAUCACAUCCAUGGUUUAGAGAUAUUGAUUGGAAUAGUUAUAUUAAUUAAUCAGCUAUUCCACAAUACUCCAUAAAUGUAUUUGUAUAGGUAGUACUUAGAUUAAUAAUGAUAAUUUCGAUGCCAAGUUUGCAAAUAUGAAAGAAGAGGAAGGUUACGAGUCUAACCUAUUGAACGGAUAGUUGUUAAGAAGACAAUCAAUUUAGGAUUAAUUUAAUGGUUAUACCUAUGAUCAGACAAUCACACAACAGCCUAUCCUAUAUAGUCUUACUACUAAAUAGACUGUACCUCAUUUGAAUACAUAAUAAUUGACAUCAGGUAAGAGAACCAACAUUGAAGAAACCAAUCCCCAAUUAUCCUAAAUGUCAUAAAAAAAAUACAAUUUAAUUUCUUAAACCCCUAGAUAACAAUCUAAAACAAUGUUAACUAAUUAAAAACAUUAAUCUGAUAGUAAUCAUUUUACUAACAGACUUUAAUUCAACUGA